UGCACAUACGCAGCGCUCCUUUGCUUCGCCCGGCCCAGCAAUGAUACAGUGAGCUUGUCCACGCUCCAAUGCCCGCCGCCGCCGACUUUGCCGCUGCCCAAGAACGCAUCGCCGCUCGCCGCGCCCAACGCGCUGCCAACGCGCGCACACACCGCGAAGCCCCGCGACCCUCGCACGCGCUCACACGCCUGCCCUUCCCCUUCAACCGCCUAAGCACUGCGGGCAUCAGCGCCUGGGAUGCCGUCAACAGCCGCGAAGGCACACGGCCAGCCUUCCGAGUGGGCCAGGUCGACGCCGAGCUGCUCGACGAUGAGCUCCUCGCGCUGUUGAAGGCGCAAGUCGGACAGGGACUGCAAUACCUGGGCGCUCACAUCACCGACACAUACGAGGCCGAGAUCCUGCUAGCCCUCCGCGCCGUGCUGUUCAAACUCAGCAUGUGGAACAACAACGCCAGCUACGGCGCCCACCUGCAAGGCCUGCGCUACACCGACGCGCGCUCCAGCGCUCCCAGCCGCCCGCCCCCAGAGCCCUGGCAAAAGGCGGCGUACGGACUCAUAACCAUCGGCGGGCGCUAUGUCUGGAGCAAGUGGGAACAGCACCUCCUCUCUGCCGGCGAAGACUACGCACGCCCCGAGCACGCCCACCUCCCCUUGCUCACACGGCUAACCGAGUCGCUGACCAACGCGCACGACGUGGCGUCGCUCGCCUCGUUCCUCGUCUUCCUCGUCAAUGGGCGCUACAGGACGCUCACAGACCGGCUGCUGCGCUUGCGGCUCACGCCCACAUCGCACUCGACGAGCCGCGAGGUGUCGUUUGAGUAUUUGAACCGCCAGCUCGUGUGGCACGCGUGCACCGAAUUUCUGCUCUUCCUGCUUCCCCUCGUCGGCAUAUCGCGCUGGCGAAGGAUCCUCAGCCGCUCGCUGCGGCGCCUGCGCACUGCAUUCCUCGCCCUCAUCGGCCGCCAGCCGACCGCCUCCGCCGACUCCUCCGACCAAGACAGGGGCGCCGGGGAACUAGGCUUUUUGCCAGAGCGCACAUGCGCCAUCUGCUACCGGGACCAGAACCCCGCCAGCAGCGCCGAAUCCGACGUGCUCCCAGCCUCGGCAGGCGGCGGCGGCGUCGUCGGCUCCGCAGCAACAGACAUCACGAACCCGUACGAAGCAGUGCGGUGCGGGUGCGUGUACUGCUUCGCGUGCAUAGCGCAGCGCAUCGCCAACGAGGAAGGCGAGGGCUGGACGUGUCUCCGGUGCGGGCAGGUGGUGCACGAGUGUCGGCCGUGGAGGGGCGACGUGCUCGAGCCGACGAGGCGGACGCAGAGCAGCUCGCAUGGGUCUGACCGCCCGACCACGCGGGAAGGUGGGCACGGGAAGUCGGUGCUCUUCGCGCAGGACGAGCGGGCGUUGGAGGCUUCGUUGCAGCAUGUCGACCCCGUGCCCGAGCAAGACGAGGCUGUUGAUGUGACGGCUGAUGAGCUGCUGGAGAAGACGAGGGGGCUGGACUUGGGCGAGAGCCUGGCCUUCACAGAGACGUCGGAGUGGGCGAGGGAGAGCGAGCGGAGCAGCGAUGACGAGCAGAGCGAGGAGUACGAUGAGGAUGAGGAGCAGGAGGGCGAGGAGUUGGAGUACGAUUAUGAGGGGCAGUAGAAGCACGACUAUGAGGGGCAGUAGAAGGGCGUUGAUUCGAUGGGCAUGUCAAGGUUGGAUGUUUAUGCGAGAGAUACCAUGAUGCAUACUAUUGUUCGUUUGCUACGAGGCUUGGGCGCAGAAGUGGUGGUGCAAUGUGCGAGUGAGACCUGGCAGCCAUUGAAGGAUGCAUAUAGUCUGGUGGCUAAGGAAGCACUGGGACAAGAGCAUCGAAGCCAAAUUGCGCAUAGUAAUGUCCGUCCAGCGUUUCUGCCACACUGCCUUUGCCUUGUCCUACUCCAUAGUGGUCCCAUGUUCCAUAGCGAUUCCAUGUCCCAUAGCGAUUUCAUGUUCCGUAGUGA